GGACAAGGUCAUAUCAAGUGCAUUAUCAAUUCGGCCCGACAUUAUUGUCUGAACAAUGAUAUUCGAACACGGUGUCUGGGUAUGUGACCGCUCCAUGUAGAGUCUUCGUGUAUAUCAUCGGGAAGAUCAUAGACGUCAUACAUAGGUAGGUCAGGCCGCCCUCGGACGAGGAACAUUCUCAAAGAAAAUGCCUGUCAGAUGGGGUAUUGUUAGUGCGGGGAAAAUCUGUCAUGAUUUUGUCCAGUCGUUCAUGGAUGCAGCUGACAAGCAGGACAAUGAGGUGGUCGCUGUAGCAGCCCGAGAUCAAAGUCGAGCUCAACAAUUUGCAGAUGAAUUCAAACUCAAGAAGGCAUAUGGAAGUUACGAAGAAAUGGCUCGAGAUCCUGAAAUAGAUGUGGCUUACCUCGGAAAUCUCCACCAGUUUCAUCUGUCAGUUGGAAAGCUCUUUCUGGAUCACGGAAAGCACCUCCUAGUGGAGAAACCGUUAACUAUGACGCACGAUGAGUCCAAACAACUUCUAGAUUACGCCAAAUCGAAGAAUCGGUUCGUAAUGGAGGCAGUUUGGAGUCGUUUUUUCCCAGCAAUGGACUUCCUACGGGAGACCCUAACCUCCGGGGCUAUUGGAGAACCCAAACUGGUGACAGUUCACUUCGGUUUCAAUUUUGAUAGAGAGGAUGUUAAAGAUUUCGCGCAAAGCGCACAGCACUUUCUGGCGGUGUACGUCUUGCACUUCCCUCUCAUGGUGUACGAGGGGGAACCAGAGCAAGUCCAUACAACUACCUCCAAAAACAAACACGGUGUGGUGAACAGUGUUGCGUAUACCCUAAAAUACAAGGAGGGGAUGGCUCAGCUCUAUCUCAGUGUUGAAGUGGCCACGGAUUCACAGAUGCUGAUAUAUGGAACCAAGGGCAAAAUUGAGAUUCCCGAGAACCAUUGGACGCCAGAAACAGUCAUUGUGAACGGUGUAAAGCAUGAGUUUCCGAUACCCGGAUAUAAAAAUAAGGACGACCGGUAUAACUAUCCUAGGUGCUUUGGCCUGUUCCAUGAAGUCCCUCCAGUCGCCGAUUGCGUCAGAAAGGGCCUGCUGGAGCAUCCCUUGAUGUCACAUCGAGAUACAUUGCUGAUGGCCAAGAUCAAUGAUCAGCUAUAAUUUACCCGACGUUACAUACAGUCAGUUUGUUUUCAUCAUUAUGCGGACACUGCAAUGUGUACAGCCUAUGACAACAAAGGCCAAAAACCUGAACUUGAUUUACCUUCUCUUUCGUAAUUGCAAGGAUUCGAAAGAUGGCUUGGCAUCUCGACGCGGUUUCUGUUUAUAGUUCUGUACCUGACCAGAGGUCACUGAUACAGUUAGGAAUUUCGGCUUCAGGAUCUAUUCAAAUAUUCGAAUAUAACUGUAAUCUUUUGCCAUCUAUUGCUCGAUACAAUUUGAAAAAUAAAGCCACAUAAGAUGA